CUUCAUUAUUUCACUCUCUAACUUCUUCUCCACUCCUAUAAACAAAAAACAGAGAGCCCCAAAAAUCUCUAUUCGAUUUUUUUUUACCGUCUUCAAUUCCAAAUUUCACCGCAGUUAAAAAAAAAACAAAAAAAUGGCGUCGUUUGAUGGAUUAGCGAGCGUUGAGCCUUGGUCGUUCCGACAAAGCUUCAACAUCGACUCUUGGUUAAUUCCAGAUCACGACAGUGACGUACUCGCCAAAGCUCUUCACAGAUCCAUCUCCACAUCCACCACACCCGCCGGCGAUUCUUUCUCUCCCUCAGCUUACUUUGACUCCGCCGCCGCCGCCGCCGUCUCCGAUCUUUCUCCUCCUCAGACCCUCUCUAACGUCUCCUUCGUCUCAGAUCCGGACAUCUCCGUCGUCGGAGGUGUGAAGCGGAAGCGUGUUGGUCCCGGAGACAAACCGGCGAAACGCCGGUCUCGAGUCUCCACGAAGAAGUCUCAGACCACGUUUAUAACGGCGGACGCGGCUAACUUCCGGCAUAUGGUUCAGCAAGUCACCGGCGCGAAGUUCGUCGGUUCUUCUUCCCCCGGCAUUUUCUCUCCGGUCGUGAAGCCGGAGCCGCAUAGGCUCGCUAGCAGGCUACCUCCUCCACCAUCUUCCUCGGCUGUUCCCACGCUCGAUACGUCGUCGUUUUUGUCGAACCAUCACCAGGAGAACAUGGUCAACGAUUUCAGCUCUGUUUCAGCGCCGGUGCGUACGGCGGCGACGGUGAAGUCCGGUGUUGUUGGUGGUGGUGGCUCCGCCGUGGAGUUAGAUAGUUACUUCCCGACGCUUGAGUCGUGGAAAGUUAUGUGAUCGAAUCGGAUUUAAAAGUUAGUGUUUGUAGAUGUAGUAGUCCCAUGUAGCUCUCUUGGUUUUGUUAUGAACAUCUCUUGUUAUUGUCCUGAGCUUGGUGGCUAUCUAUUCUAUGGAGUCUCUUGUUCAUACUGUUGGGAGAUUAAUUAAUCAAUGGUUAAUGGCGAUUUUUAGUU